AUGUGGGUCCGCGUCCUGGUGGUCCUGCACGUCGGCCUACUGGGGGCCCCCGCGCUGGGCUGCUACCAGUGCCUGGUGGAAGUGAGAACCAGCCUGCGGCUCUGCUGGGGCCACUGGCUCCCUCAGCACAAAAUCAGGAACUUGGACUCCUGCUUUAGGACCCUCGAUCGUGUGUUCAAUUACAACCAGAAGGUCAUCGAGGCCGGCAGAGUGGGGGAAGGCUACAGCGCACAGCUGAAGACUAUUCUGGAAGAACAGAUCCUGCCCAUGGUGGAGGAAUUUGACCGCAAGCUGAAUGAUGACACUGUGUAUGAGGAACGGUUGCAGAGAGCAGCAGACAGGUUUAUUGCGGAUGCCUCCAAACUGCCGAGGGUGUCUGGAUGCUUCCCCCCAUGUGGUUUUCAAGCAUCGGGUGCGGUUUACAACUGUGUCACCUGUCAGUACGAUUCGUGUGACCUCCCCCUGGACUGUCCAGUGGAAACGCUGAACGUCAUGGAGUUCAGUGGCACGCGUAUGUUGUGCAAUGUGCCGUUUCCAUUGCCUGACAACACUGAGGUGAUCUGGAGGUAUGCAUCACAGGUGGAGACCCGGAAGGUGGAUCAGUUUGAGGAGGUGACGGCGGGCGAGGACAGGCUCUACUCCAUCCCCGUGGCCCGGCGGUGGCACCAGGGCACGUACCAGUGUGAGCUGUACGCCGCGCAGCGCUCCGUGGUCAGGCUCUACUACUACCUGACAGUGACCCCCCAGCUUGAGGUGGGCCACACAGAGCUGCAGGAGAUCUUUGACCUGUCGGUGCUCCCAGGAGGGCGGAUGACCCCGGGGCCUGAUGGUUCACCCCACUCCCUCCUCCUGCCACCUCCUGCCCUCCUCACCACCUGUCUGGCAGCCAUUCUGCUCCUGCUGUUCCUGUCCCUGGGGCUUUUGUACUGGUGCACAGCUCCAUUAAGCAUGCAUGAGGGAGACGAAGCCUGAGGAAACAGAAGUCCAA